AUCACUGUGUGCAAGGGACAAUUUCGUGUGGAGCACACAGGUUACUUGUGUAAUGUGUUUCACUUAAAUAUGUCCGCUGACGUCUUGAAUGACAAGCUUUACCUCGGAGAAAAUUGAAAUGAACAAGCGAUGGGGCUAUUAUGUAAAUUAAGCGUUUUUAUUACAUGAGUUUUUUCAAUUGUUUAUUUUUCAAUUGUUUAUUUUUUUAUUAGUGCUGAGCGAGGAGACGAGCUGCACUGUGGACACUUGCAGGUAGCCCCCUUCCAGCCAUGCUGCUGCCUCUGGUCUUCCGCCAGUCGCUGCUCGGCCUCGGUUCAGCCGUCUUCUCGCCUCAGAGAUGCCUCAGAGCAAUUCACUAUGACAUCAGGAGGCCGAUACACUCCCUGUGGCGGAGGGUCCCCCUGUGUCCCCAUGUCCAGAGCCGUGGGGUCAAGAUCAGAAAGCGUCCAAGCCAUGAGGAGCAAUGGAAGUACCGCAAUAAGACGGUGCUUACGUACAUGGCGGCUGCCGGCAUUGCCAUGAUUGGUUUAUCCUACGCCGCCGUGCCGCUCUACAGACUCUAUUGCCAGGCGACAGGACUCGGCGGUACGGCAGUGGCCGGUCACGAUGUGGACCUGGUGGAGAAGAUGGAGCCGGUGAAAGAGCGCGUCAUCAAGGUCACAUUCAACGCAGACACGCACGCCAGCAUGCAGUGGAAUUUCAGACCGCAGCAGACAGAGAUCUAUGUGGUCCCGGGUGAGACGGCACUGGCCUUUUACAGAGCGAAGAACCCCACCAACAAGCCUAUCAUUGGCAUCUCGACCUACAACGUGGUGCCAUUUGACGCUGGACAGUACUUCAACAAGAUUCAGUGCUUCUGUUUCGAGGAGCAGCGUCUAAACCCUCACGAGGAGGUGGACAUGCCCGUCUUCUUUUACAUUGACCCCGAGUUUGACGCAGAUCCCAGGAUGGCUCGUGUGGACACCAUCACGCUUUCCUACACCUUCUUUGAAGCCAAGGAGGGGCUGAAUUUGCCUCUGCCGGGGUACAGCUACAGCUGAGCCCAAUUUACAGCCCGAUAAACAUGACUUUUUAACUUCAAAUUUCUGUUUAAAGUUAAUAAAGUUUGUUCACGGAGGAAAACUUUAGAACGAAACAAAAGUUUGAUGUGAUCAUGAGAUAACUGGUGCAGAAGGAGAACAUUUAAAAGACUGUAAUCGAUUAACACGUGACAAAUGUUUUCAAAGAUUUAAAUCAAUAAAUUAUUAUCAAUUAAAGAUGCUGAGUUUUAUCAUCAAAUUCAGACUUUAGUGUUCAUACCAGAAAGUUUGCCUUUAGAGACAUUUCUGUAUCGCAGGUUUAAGCAAAACUAUAAUUCACUGCCACUAUGUUCGAUGAAAUGAACUCGAAACAUGUUUUUUAUAGGAACCGACAUCGCUUUAAUGCAUUUUUUUCUCAAAUUGUUGAAGCUGAAGAAAAAUGAAUAAGUUGUCAAAAAAAAUUUAUGGUAGAAACAUAUCAGUGGUCAUUAUUAUUUUUAGUGUAGAUGAUAACUUAAGUUCAACAAAUACAUGCAAAGUUGAUACCUUUUACAUUAAAAAUAUAUUUCCAAGUAUAUGUGGGAAUCAAGUAUUGAGUAUUGUGGAGACUUUGGAUGGUCUAAUAAAACCAAUACGGAACCUUUUGAUGCAAAGACAACAAUGCUCAACAUGAAAAAAUGUUAUCGUAGUAUCAAAACAACUCAACAUCCCAGAUGUGUUCUUCAACAAGUGGAUUUCAGAUGAGCUGUAUUUGUGCCCAAAAUCACAGAAAAGUUAGUAUUCUGCAAAAAAGGAGUCAACUAUUUCGGCAAUGCAAUUCAAGUUAGCAAUAUCAAUCUACAGUUCUUAAAUUUGGUACAAUUACACA